UCUGAUACUGACCAGCGGUACCGGCUGGACUGGGCGACAGGCGGGCCAAAGACCGUGCUGAUAAUCAAAAAGGCCAAUGACCAAAAGGUCGACAGCGCCCUGGACUUUGUGAUUACGCUGGGCGGCGACGGCACGUUUUUGCAUGUCUCGUCGCUGUUCAAGACGCAUGUGCCGCCAAUUAUCCCAUUUUCAAUGGGCACGCUUGGCUUUCUGCUGCCGUUCAAUGUGGCCACAUACAAGGAGCAGCUACGGGGCGUUAUUGCGGGCGGAUCGACUGUGCUGCCGCGCAUGCCGUGCAUUCACCGUGGCACAUACCCGCACCUGACUACAAUUGCAUGCUAUAUCAAUAACCAGCUGCUGACGACCUCGGUCGGCGACGGGAUCAUUGUUGGUACGCCGACGGGCUCGACUGCAUACUCCUUGUCGGCGGGCGGCCCAAUUGUGCAUCCCUUGGUCAGCAGCAUGAUCCUGACGCCAGUGUGUCCUCGGUCCUUGUCAUUUCCCGCUGUGGUGCGCCUGCAGGUGCACAAGGAUAGCCGCGGCCGGGCUGCCGCGUACAUUGACGGAAGGAAUUGCGGCGAGCUGCGGCAGGACCAGUCGAUUGAGAUCCGCCGGUCGGCGUACCCGCUGAUGUGUAUCAAUAGAGAGAACCUGGCUGCCGGCUGGACCCACGAUAUCAACAGGCUGCUCAAGUUCAACCGCACCUUCUCAUACCCCCACGAGUCGCCGUUUGGCGACCACGCGGACCCUGAUGAGGAUGCCUAGACAUUUGUUUUCUGCAUGUGAGAUGGCGAUGGUGUUGUUCAGAAAUAAUGUGAAG